AGCUGGGUAGCGGCGGUACAAAGUUUCUCUUUGCCGGCGUGCUGUUUUGCCCUAAAAUUAACAUUUUCGAUCUCGUGCCGAAAUUAAGAUGCUCAGCAGGCCCGGAUCACCGGGGCAGCGAAGUCCCAUCGUCUCGGGUACGCUGACGCUAAAUUUGAACAAAAAACGGUCCAAGGAAUGGCUGUGCUGGGGCACCAUGAACGUACUGUUGCUCUCGGUGCUGCUGUUCGACAUUUCCAACAAGUGUCCGUACUCGUUUUCGCGUUGGUACUACAUCGAGUACGCGGCAGCCGCUAUACUGGCCUGCAGCAUGACCUAUUACUACGCGCAGUAUUUCUUCUACCUUUUUGGUACGGAACCCAUAAAGGGCACCGAGCAGCAGCGUCAAAUGCUGCAGGUAGCUUCGGACGACAAUUCCUUUAUCACGACGCCACCGCAAAAGAAAAAACCCACCAGCGCGGAAGCUUCGCCCGUGACCGUUUCCACGUCACUGUUGUACUCACUGAACAAAUCGGCGGAUCAUGCGGUGACUCCGCCACCGGGCUGGGUAAACAACCGUCGCACCAGUUCACCACCCCGGCAGCAGCAGUCACCACAGGAUCGGAACUGUUCGUUCGAGACCCAAACGCAAAAUGUUACCGCCGGAUCGGGCAUGUUUUCAACCACCUUGCGAAAGCUGGCCAUUCCGAGUGACACCAUCGUCGAUGAGCAACAGUUGGACAGUUUUUUAACUAAGGAGGGCUCACUGGACAAAAUGAGUAAUUCGUAUAAAGAACAUAUGAACAUCUCCGAUGCGUUGAUGAAUUCUUUUUACGGCCGGUCGCAGAUGUACGACAUGGCCACUUUGCUGAAAAACUCCGUGUACCAGCUUUCGUCGUCGGUCACACCGAGCAAACAGCUGGCCAAGGAGCAUGAAACGGGCGCGUACAACGCCUUCAUGGACGGCAGCCCGGAAGGGUUGAAGAAAGUGUCGACCACGCAGCUGUCCAACUACGUCGGUAACCUGCGGAUGUGGAUAUCGCUCACGAUUCUACAGCGCAUCGAAGAAGAGGUUAACCUUGCGGACCAAGCGUUCAAGAGUCGCGGCUUUGCCGACAUUCAGAUCGGAGCCAUCGGGUUGGAGCGAUUGAAGAAGACGGCCGAGAAUCAGCAGCUCGUUUCCCUGUACAUACCCCGGUUGCCUUUGUUGAUUCCGUUCCUGGAAAUGAGCACCAAUCAGGAGUACCUGGUGCAGCGUAUAAAAGAUCUUUCGAAGGGUAGCUGCAUAGCGGACUAUCGCUGGAACUCGGGUGCCAGCUACAAGGGUCUUUCCUGGGACGAACACCUUCCGACUGAUUCCGCAAUCAUCUUCCAUCUGUUUUGCACGUACUUGGACAGUCAAUUGCGUCCACUACCGCAGCCCGGUGGCCGUCCCUUCUACAACCGGUACGUAGUGGUGGGCGACAAGAAAUCCUCCAAAGAAACGUUGGCCGAGGUGAGCGGGAAAAACAAGGCGAAAUGCGCCAUCCUCUGUACCAAUCCGAUGAAACCGAAGCUGAAUUUUGUUUCGGAUGAUAAAAUCCAUAGCUGCGCUUACGAUCGAAAUAAUCUGUUCUACGUCAUCAUUCAAUUUUUAAUCUACAUGAAAACACACCACGAAAGCUCGCUGGAAGGUAUCAAUCUGGGACGGAGUGGAAUCAAUAUACUCUGCUGUAUCGAAGACUGACUCUGAACGAAGGGGCUACGACCCGUGAAAACGUUCACAAUGGGUAAUAAACUUUGUAAAGUCGUGUAUUAGCUAUUUGUAAAAUAAUAUGUUACCUUCCGUGCGAUUGCCAUGCGAAGAAGAAGCGCGAACGACUUAACGAAUACGGUCACAUUUCGUUUAUGUCUUUAUUAAAUGUUCAAUAUAGUUUUUGGAAGUUACAUGACACAAUUACGGUAUAAAAUCGCCGCUUCGUAGUUACGUUUUGUAGAGUACUUCUUAAAUUAUCGCUCACACUGCUACUUACGAUGUUCUAACGAAAAGGAAAACUAAAUUUUAGAUGGAAGUUUUCGAGAAUCGUAUUCUGGGGUCAGGAAAUGAUAACAAUGAGGCCUGUUCAGGAACACGCUGUGUUCCACCAUUCAGACCACAAUUCAAUGGACAGUGUAACGUAGAAUAUGCCGCUUCAACCUUUCCACUGCUUACAAGGGUGUUUAUGCUAAUA